UUCUCUUGCAGUUCGCUUGAUAAAUGGAUCAAGCAGCAAUGCUUCAGGUCGAGUUGAGGUAUGGUACAACAGUACUUGGGGAACAGUAUGUGAUGAUGGAUGGGAUUUGAACGACGCCCAUGUCGUAUGCAGAAUGCUUGGGUUCUUCAACGCAUCUAGUGCACCAGUCAGUGCUGCAUAUGGUGCGGGUUCUGGAAAGAUUCAUCUUGAUGAAGUUGAAUGUACUGGAUCAGAAAGCAGCCUCGAAGACUGCAUCAAGAAUAAAUUUGAAGACAAUGAUUGUAAUCACAGCGAAGAUGCUGGGGUGACCUGUGGAGAUUCGCCAGCUUUCCAACCUCACAUUUGGAUCCCGAAAGCAAGAAUUGGUGACCAGCUUAAAGUUCGCUUGAAUGGAUCGAGCAAUGCUACAGGUCGAGUCGAGGUAUUGUACAACGAUACUUGGGGGACAGUAUGUGAUGAUGGAUGGGAUUUGAACGACGCCCAUGUCGUAUGCAGAAUGCUAGGGUUUACCAAAGCGUCAAGUGCACCAGUCAUGGCUGCAUGUGGUGCGGGUUCUGGAAAGAUUUUUCUUGAUGAGGUUGAAUGUACUGGAUCAGAAGAAAGGCUUGGAGACUGCAUCACGAGCAGAUUUGGAGAACAUGACUGCACUCAUUCCGAGGACGCUGGGGUGACAUGUGAAGCUACAGUGACAGAUUCAGAACCAGAUGACUCUGACACAUGGACCUCAGGUGACAUAGGUAGGCCAACUAGCCGACCUGAAGUUUGGAGCCCGAGUACAACAAACACUGGGAGCCAGCUUGAAGUUCAUUUGGUUAAUGAACCAAACAACGCUGAAGGUACGGUCGAGGUACGGUACAACGCCAGCAGUGCUUGGGGAACAGUAUGUGAUGAUGGAUGGGAUUUGAAUGACGCCCAUGUCGUAUGCAGAAUGCUAGGGUUCUUCAAAGCGUCUAGUGCACCAGUCAUGGCUUUCUUUGGUGCGGGUUCUGGAGAGAUUCAUCUUGAUGAAGUUGAUUGUACUGGAUCAGAAAGCAGCCUCGAAAACUGCAUCAAGAGUGAAUUUGGAGUCAGUAAUUGUGAUCACAGCGAAGAUGCUGGUGUCAUCUGUACAGAACAUAUUGAUCUUGAAGUCCGCCUCACCGAUGGUCCAAAUAACAACUCGGGAAGAGUUGAGGUGUUCGAAGAAGGAUCUUGGGGAACUAUCUGUGACGAUGGCUGGGAUGGUAGAGACGCUAAUGUUGUAUGCAAAUGGCUGGGGUUCUUCGGGGCAGCAUAUGCACCUGUGCAAGCUACAUACGGUGAAGGGGUAGGAGACAUCUCACUCCGUAAUGUGGAUUGUAUUGGGACAGAAAGCAAUCUGGGAAAAUGUUUCCACGAUAGACCUGAACGUUUUGACUGUGCUCAUGACGAAGAUGCCGGUGCUGUCUGCUUGGUUCUUAUCCCAGAUGAUUCAGUGAGCUGGGCAUCAUCCUGGAAUGGUUUUUCUGGAAGCGGAGCAUCGUCCGGGGAUGGCUUUUCUGGAAGCGGGACAUAUUUCGAGGAUGAUGAAGGAACAUUCAAGCUACAAUGUGGAAACCUAACUUCUACCACGGAUGAAGGUCUCACUACAUCAUCUUCUGUCAUCAUCACCCCACGCGUGAAUGGUUCCGUUGACAAUCAUAACGUCUCUGUGGGUUGUACGUAUACUUCGGACGAUGUAUUUGACUACGGAGUCACUUGGGUUGCCUGUGCUGCACGAGAUGAUCUGGGAAAAUACAAGACAUGCGAUUUCACGGUCAACGUCAAAGAUGGCGACCCUCCCAUUUUGGACUGCCCUGAUUUAAAUAUCACCAGGGACCACAUCAUCAUCAACCCACCGGCAUCAGACAAUACUGAUCUUCGUCCGUCUGUGAUCUGCUCUCAUACAUCCAGUGGUGGCUUCCAGUUUGGAGAUACCAAUGUUACCUGUAAUGCUACUGAUGAAUCAGGAAACAUUGGCACCUGUACGUUCGUGGUUACAGUGCAAGACACGGAGCCUCCUAGAUUGGAAUGCUAUGACCAAACAGCCAUCGCGGAUCAACGCAAAAUUGCUAUCAACGCUUCCAUCCCAUCUGUGUCAGACAACUUAGAUCCCGAUCCGUCCGUUAACUGCUUUCACACAUCAAUAGUUCUCUCUAAUCUUGGAGACACUAGCAUCACAUGUGAAGCUAAAGAUUAUUCUGGAAAUAUUGCCAACUGUACUUUUCUGUUUACUGUACAAAACCCUUGUAAGGUUCGUGAUCCGUGUAUCAAUGGUGAUUGUAGCUAUGAAGGAUCAGGACCAUACCAAUGUGCCUGCCAUGGUGAAUACGAGGGCAAUCAUUGUGAUGUCAUCCCCGAACCCAAACUUCCUGUUGAAGUAGCCAAUCAUCCUAAGAACCAAACGGUGAAUAUGGGCACCACUGUACAGCUCACAUGCGGCUUUAACAAUGCUGAAUCUUACGCGUGGUACAAAGAUGGCCAACCUCUACCCAACAAGAGAAAUCAAGUCACUCUACGUAUACCAUCCGUUUCCACAAGUGAUAUUGGAUAUUACUUCUGCCGAGGCUUUGGAAAUGAACGAUUUUUAGACACGGAGAGGGCAUCUAUCUACGUUGAAGGUGUGACCAACAUCCAACUUUCUAAUUUGAAAUUCAAUCUUACUUCGAAUGAUGUCCUCUCUGAACAAACUUCCGCCCGCUAUCUCGAGAUAUCACUCAACAUCACGAAAUUUGUUCUUGAAGGUCUUAAGAAUGAUGCCGCUUUCAAGGAUAUGUCACCAUCAGUGGUAUGCAACAAUCUCACCCGGCAGGCAGUUGUGAUUGCUGACCUGAAUGUCUACAUCAAGAAUUCCAUUCUGACUGCAUUUCAUGAACUAGAUCUUGUUAGUCAAGUUCUUUACCGAUUGGCUGAAAAUUCCAGUGGUUUUCUCGAUGUCAGCAGUGUAGAAAUCGAGAACACGGCGAUCUGUAAGAAUAUGACAUGGACGUCAUCGCGUUUUGGA